UCAAAUUAAACACAAUUCAUGUAAAACAAGUGAUAAGUGAGGUGUCAGGUGUGUCAUUGGACAGGUGUGUUGGAGGUAAACUGAAAGUGAGAGGGAGGGGAGAAGAAGGUUAUUUAUGGUGGUGCAGCUCUGAUGAUAUGCAUUUACAGUUAUGGCUUUCUACAAAGUGAUCUGUGUGGCAGCUCUGCUGACUCUCCUGACACAAGAGUCUCAGUCACAACUAGAUGUUUGUGGCACUGCGCCGCUAAACACCAGGAUCGUAGAAGGGACGAAUGCUUCUGCAGGGUCGUGGCCCUGGCAGGCCAGUCUGCACAGUUGCGGAUCUCAUUUCUGUGGAGGCUCCCUGAUCAACAACCAGUGGGUUCUGACUGCGGCUCACUGUUUCUCCAGCACCAGCACAUCCAAUCUCGUCGUUUACCUCGGACGUGAUUCCCAGGAACUCUCGAACCCCAACGAGGUGUCCCGGACUGUUUCCAAAAUCAUCAUAAAUCCCAACUACAAUGCCUACUCACCCAAUAACGACAUAGCCUUGUUGCAGCUUCCUGUUACCUUCACCGAAUACAUCAGACCAGUGUGUUUAGCGGCGGACGGCAGCGUCUUUAACUCCGGGACGACCUGCUGGGUCACUGGAUGGGGAAUCAUCCAAGAUAACAUUUCACUUCCUUUCUCACAGUAUCUGCAGCAGGUGAGUGUUCCCAUCGUGUCCAACAGUGAUUGUUGCGCUGAAUACGGUUUCAUCACAAGCAACAUGGUGUGUGCCGGUCUGACCCAGGGAGGAAAGUACUCCUGCUAUGGGGAUUCAGGCGGCCCAUUGGUGAGUAAAACUGGCUCUAUCUGGGUCCAAGGUGGAGUGGUGAAUUUUGGAGAACCCUGUGCUCUGCCUAACUUCCCCACAGUCUACGCCCGAGUGUCCCAGUUUCAGUCCUGGAUCAACAGCCAGAUUGCCACCAACCUGCCGGGCUUUGUUGUCUUCACGGGGAACACUUCAACCUCUGGGAACUGUUCAGCCUCGAUGAACGGUACAACAUCUGGGAACGGUACAACCUCUGGCAGCGCUACAACCUCUGGCAGCAGUACAACCUCUGACAGCGCUACAACCUCUGGCAGCAGUACAACCUCUGGCAGCAGUACAACCUCUGACAGCGCUACAACCUCUGGCAGCAGGAUGAACUGUAAGAACUUUGAUUGA